UGAAGAACUGGCAACAAUGUUAAUAUUGCGGGAACGGACUUGUAUGAACAAGUCAUUACGUAAUUUUGGCGCCAAGGUUAAGCUGGGUAGAUUCUCGUAAAUUGUCUGUUUAACUGCAAACAAGUUAAGAAUUCUGGACAGAAGUGUCGUAGAUUAAUUAAUGAUUAAUCUAAUGAAUGUAAACUGAGAAAAAGACUCUGUAAUCAGAUUUAAACGUUCAAAAAACAAAUUGAAUUAAUUGGAAGCAUAACAGAAAGAUGUCUUCCAGAGUUCUUAGAGAAAGAGUUAAUGGUAAAAUUUUAAAGAAAUCUACAAGUCACUCAGUUCAAGUAGGCGGAAAAGAAAAUGUUUCAAAUUUGAAACAGGAUGGUUUUGGUACUGCAAAGUUUUAUGGUCCUAAUAAUGAUAUUGAGUUAUCUAAUAUAAAGAAAGAAAGACUGAGAAGAUCAAUUAAAUUAUCACAAGAGUCCAAAGUUCAGAAUAAAACUGAAAAUAAUAAAAAAAAUGUAAAGCAAAAAAAUACUAAGAAUAUUAAUAAAAAGAAUAACAAUAAUAAUGAACAUAAAUCCAAAGAAACUGAAGAACAGGUACCGGUACCUAAGAAACGUUGUAAAUUUGAAUUUGAAUCUAGUAGUGUUGAAAUAAGUAGUGAAGUGAUAACUUCACCAAGUUUAUCAAAAAAUCUUUCAAGCAACAUCUGCAUUGAUCCUGUUGACACUGGUAAAAGAUUUUUUCUGUCGAAAAGAUCUUCAUCUAGCUUAGAAGGAAAAAUGAUAAUGGCCGUUAACAAGGGACGAUUCCAUUUAGAAUUUAAGAGGGGAACUGUUAAAAAGAAUGCAAAUAAAAAAACAAAUACAAAGUCGAAGAAGUCACAAAAGCUGAAAAAAGUUCCAUUAACAGUAAAUAUUAAAUCUGUAUCUCAUAACAGAAGAAAAAUUGAAGCAAAUAACAAACAAACUUUGUUAUCAAAUCCAAAUGACUUAGUUGCUAUGAAAGGAACAAAUGACAUUCCAGAUAAAGAAGUCAAAGAUACCAAUCAACAGUUUCUUGCUGAUGAAAUUUUAAAUGACUACACAAUAGCUUCUGAAAAUGAAAUCAUUCCCAUUAGCAUUUCUAAGAGAAAUAAUAAUCUUGUCAAGACUAGUACUCCAAUCAAAUCAACUAUUUCUAGGAAAUUACAAUUGGAUGAAUUUUCUAACUUACCAAAAAUUAGUGAAGAUCCAAGUGUCAUUUCAAAUGUAACUGCUGUGGUACAUGAAAAUUCAAAACUUGAUUUGGAUCAGGACAUAGCCAAUGUCAAGAAUAAACCAGAAGAAAUGAACCUGAAUGCUUCAUGUGAAGAAACAGCUGAAAAGUAAGUUAUAAAUAUUUCAUUGGUCUAACUUCUGCUAACAAAUUUUGGAAUAGGUUUUAUUACACCACAUUUCUACAACACACUUCUUUCAAAGUGUGCUCCUUUCACAGCUACACUUCUUCCCACAUC